UCUUAUUGACGGCGGCGCAGCCCGAGUGAGUCUGCCUGAGAGAAGCUUAGGCGUCGCUGGUGGGGCCGUGAGGAGACGCGAGGCCCGGGCAGGUGAGGGCCGGUGGGGCCGGUCUGAGCUCCUUGUCCUUUCCCGGCUGUAGCUAGGUGGAUACAAGCAUACAGAUGGCAGAUAACAGUAAAGCAGAAGAUGCUGCCUCAGAUUCUGUGGAAGCUGCUAAACAUGCAAGUGAUAAAAAAGAAAAGCUAGCAGAUCAAGUGAUGCAAAAUCCACAAGUCUUGGCAGCUCUGCAGGAGCGACUUGACAGUUCGUCUCACACUCCUUCAAGCUAUAUUGAAACGUUACCAAAAGCAGUAAAAAGAAGAAUUGAUGCCUUGAAACAACUCCAGGUGAAGUGUGCCCAUAUAGAAGCUAAAUUUUAUGAAGAAGUUCAUGAUUUAGAGAGAAAAUAUGCAGCCCUCUAUCAACCUCUCUUCGAUAAGCGAAGGGACUUUGUCAUUGGUGAAGCUGAACCUACAGAUGCAGAGUCAGAGUGGCACAGUGAAAAUGAGGAGGAAGAAAAACUAGCUGGAGACCUCAAAAACAAAGUAGUAAUAGAAGAGAAAGAAGCAGCAGCAGCUGCAACAGAAGAGUCAAAUCCCAAAGGAAUUCCAGACUUCUGGUUUACAAUCUUUAGAAAUGUAGAUAUGCUAAGUGAAUUAGUACAGGAAUAUGAUGAACCAAUCUUAAAACACCUGCAGGAUAUUAAAGUGAAAUUUUCUGAACCUGGACAGCCUAUGUCUUUCUCAUUAGAGUUCCACUUCGAGCCCAAUGACUACUUUACUAAUUCAGUCCUGACAAAAACCUACAAGAUGAAGUCAGAGCCAGACAAGACUGAUCCCUUUUCAUUUGAAGGCCCUGAAAUAGUUGAUUGUGAGGGGUGUACUAUUGAAUGGAAGAAAGGAAAAAAUGUUACAGUUAAAACAAUCAAGAAGAAGCAGAAACACAAGGGUCGAGGCACAGUUCGAACAAUUACCAAACAAGUACCCAAUGACUCUUUUUUUAACUUCUUCAGCCCCAUAAAAGUGUCUGGGGAUGGAGAGUCAUUGGAUGAAGAUUCAGAGUUUACUUUAGCUACAGACUUUGAAAUUGGGCACUUCUUCCGUGAAAGGAUAGUCCCUCGUGCUGUGCUUUAUUUCACUGGGGAAGCAAUAGAGGAUGAUGAUAACUUUGAAGAAGGAGAGGAAGGAGAAGAGGAGGAAUUGGAAGGUGAAGAGGAGGGAGAGGAAGAGGAGGAUACAGAGAGUGAUCCUAAGAAAGAUUCCAGCCAACCUGCUGAAUGCAAACAACAAUAAUAAGGAAAUACCACUUCAGAGUGAUAUUUGAACAACUUGUAACAAAUAUAUUUGGAUACCUGGCCUGCAGUUCAGGAUAUUCCAUUGCUGCAGCACAAUCUUAUUAACAAUGCUUAAAAUUAAUUUGUUUUCAAGUGCAUGAUUUUCACUAACUUUUUUUUUUCCUAUUUUUUGCUUAACUUGUACAGUGGUAUCUUCACUGCAUUUGGGAAAUAUGAGGUUUAAAUAAAGCACACUCUACAGCCUUUGGUACACUGUAGCGAAAUAAUUGUCUGUAGGCUUUCUGAUGAACCUUUUGCCCUAUUCAUAGGGAACUAGUCCAAACUACAAAGUAAAGACUAUCCAUUUUCUUGGUAAACAUUGAAAUUGUGGAAUAGCACAUGUGCUGAGAAGCAAAACUAAACGAAUUAAAUUUAUGAUAGCUAAAACAAAUACAACAGUAUGACUUGACUUUUGCUAGUAGUUCUCCUUUUUAAUAUAAAAUUUUCCUGCAACCUACAAAUCAGACUAGUGCUUGAGCAGCUUCAAAUGUCGUAUUUAUUAUCUCAGUAAAGCCAAUUAAAUUGAAGUAAUUCUUCAUUAAUGGGGGUGUCAUUCGAGAUUUAUGUAGUUGUUCAUCUUUCUAUUUAUUUAUUCAUGUUUGUAAGUACUUUGACUGAAUUAGUGCUUUUUUAAUAGUUUUUAAUAUACUUGAAAAUCUUUUCCUGUUUGCAUAAAAUAUGGGUAUUUGUACAAGGAAAAUUUGAUUUGGUCUCUCUGAAGGUAGUAGACAAAAGAAAUAAACAUGUUUCAAAAUGACAGCUCUUUUUGGGGGAAAAAUCAUAACAUACAGGCCAAAUUAUUGCUGUUGAUGGAAAUGGGUUGCAGCCAAAGAACCAGAAAAUUUCCAGUAGUCUUAUUGCUUAAUAUCCAGCAUGGGAGGGGCUUUCAUUCUGAACAUAUAAAUUAACAAAAUUUAACUCUGUAAAUUCGAAGUUCUGUUUUACUUGCAACAUUCAAAUUACUCUGUUCCACAGUUUCUUGUUUUGUUUAAAACUCUGAAGUCUUCAAAGCUACCUUAUGUUGUUGUGCAGAAUUUCAGGUGCACAUUUCUAGUUUAAGCAUCCAAUGCCAACCUCUGGCAGCAGUUGAAUAGCAGCUGUAUCAACACUGUGACCAGGCAUGUAGAGAGUGCUCCAGCCUUACCUUACACAUUUGUAACUUAAUACAGUGUUUUCAAUUUGUACAGAAUAGUUAAAUAUUCUAUUAAAGUUGUGAAACAUGGAAA